GUGCGCAGGCGCCGGGUGCCCCGCACCAACAUGGCGGCGGCCUCCCAGUGAGCUCUGCUGUAGCGAGCCGACCGUUGCUGGGCAUGCUCCCUGAGUGCCCCGCACAGACAUGGCGGUCGUCUCCACUGGGGUGACUUUAAUUCUUGGUUUUCGGUUAUAGCCGGCCGGUGCUCAUUUCUCUUCAGAAAGCUCUGAGCACGGGGAAAGGAAGGGUGGGUGCAGGAGUGAAAGGUGAGGGGCCUGCAGGCGUCGGGACCGGCUCCUGGCGGGAGGAAGAUGGCUGAGGGCGAGCGGCAGUCGCCGCCAGAUUCUUCGGAGGACACCCCUCCAGCCACCCAGAACUUCAUCAUUCCAAAAAAGGAGAUCCACACGGUUCCAGACAUGGGCAAAUGGAAGCGUUCUCAGGCAUAUGCCGACUACAUUGGAUUCAUCCUUACCCUCAACGAAGGUGUGAAAGGGAAGAAGCUGACCUUGGAGUACAAAGUCUCUGAGGCCAUUGAGAAACUGGUCGCUCUUCUCAACACACUGGACAGGUGGAUUGAUGAGACUCCUCCAGUGGACCAGCCAUCUCGAUUUGGGAACAAGGCCUACAGGACCUGGUAUGCCAGACUCGAAGAGGAAGCAGAAAACUUGGUGGCCUCAGUGGUCCCCACCCAUCUGGCAGCGGCUGUGCCUGAAGUGGCUGUUUACCUAAAGGAGUCAGUGGGGAACUCCACGCGCAUCGACUAUGGCACAGGACACGAAGCAGCCUUUGCUUCUUUCCUCUGCUGUCUCUGCAAGAUUGGGGUGCUCCGGGUGGACGACCAAAUAGCUAUUGUCUUUAAGGUGUUCAAUCGGUACCUUGAGGUGAUGCGGAAACUUCAGAAAACAUACAGGAUGGAGCCAGCAGGCAGCCAGGGAGUGUGGGGCCUCGACGACUUCCAGUUCCUGCCCUUCAUCUGGGGCAGCUCGCAGCUGAUAGAUCAUCCGUACCUGGAACCCAGGCACUUCGUGGAUGAGAAGGCCGUGAAUGAGAACCACAAGGACUACAUGUUCCUGGAGUGCAUCCUGUUUAUCACCGAGAUGAAGACAGGUCCGUUUGCAGAGCACUCCAACCAGCUGUGGAACAUCAGUGCUGUCCCUACCUGGUCCAAAGUGAACCAGGGUCUCAUCCGCAUGUACAAGGCCGAGUGCCUGGAGAAGUUCCCCGUGAUCCAGCACUUCAAGUUUGGGAGCCUGCUGCCCAUCCAGCCCGUCUCAUUGUGCUAGGAGGGCUGAGCGGCCAGCACCAUCCAGGCCGCAGUUCCCGUGCCUGCCCUUCCUGACCCCAGCUGCGGCCCCUCCCGCCCCCUCCCUCUAUUCUUUCUGUUUGAUGAGAGGCUGUUUACUGGGGUGGGUGGUGAAUGUGGGGUCAAGGAAGGCUCAGGGUGUGAGGCUACAGGACCCAAGUUGGGAGAAGCGACCAAAGUGUGGCCAGUUCCGACUUCUGCCAUGGUAGAUGAUCAAGAAGAGAGGGGCUGGGACAGGGUCUCUGGGCCCCACCCCUGCUCCUGGCCUUCCUCUUCCUCCCUCUGUCCAGUCCAGUUCUGAGACCCAGGGGGUUCUGUGCCACUCUGGGGAGGGGAGGUAUUUUGCUGAUUUGUUGCUUUCCGGGGAUUGGGUCAAUUGACAGGUGGGUCAGUUUCCCAAGCCAUGUUUGGGUGGGUGUCUGGGUGUUCUGAGGGCUGAAGGCUGAGGCUGGUGGCCAGCCUGGGGUCGGGGGCAGGCAGGGAGAAGCGCUGGCUGUCCGGUGACCCUCCCAGCUCCUCCUCACAGCUGCCCCUGGGCUUUCGAGCACCUGUGUUCAGUGCCUCAUCCCGGCUUUUUUGUUCUCUGGCCCUUGGCUUUUCAGAGUUUUCUGCCAUAGCCACACCUGUCCUCCCUGAGAGUAGCCUCUGGAAACUGCCCUUUGGGUAGGUGCUGGGCUCCUGGGAGGGCCCUGCAGGGCUUGCUCAGGGCUCACUGGGGGAGGCCUGCCCUUCCAAAGCUGUCUCUGGCUGGGAGGGGGCAGAGACCAGGGAGGGGCUUGGGGCCUAUUGUGGUUGCGGACAACCUGGGUUCCUCUUGGCACACUCUUACGGCCACCUCUGUCCCCUCCUCGCUGCUGCUUUUCCGAGGCCCUUAGCCCUGCUUCCCGCCCUGCCCAGGAGGGCUCAGAAAGCCCACUCCCUCAUCUUUCCACCUCCCAGAACUCGCCUGUUGGCGUCCAGGAUGAGGUGGUGAUGGCCUCCCAAGCCUGGGCUUUGGUUCUGAGGAUGGGCAGGACCACCCAAGGGGUGAGGGGCAUUGGUAGCAGCAUGUCAGUUCCAGAGUUUUCUUCUAGGGCUCCUCCUGGGCCUGACUCUUGCAGACUCCCCUGCCCAAGUCCAGGCCUGCCCUCCUCCACGAGCCCCUCCUUGUGUCUGGGUCCACAUACCGUUUGGGAAAGGGGAGCCCCCGAGAAGCACAAUUCAGGAGUUUGACCCUUGGAUCUGGGCUGAUGGUCUGGGCAGAGGCUGGGACAGGAGUCACAAGAGUUACAGAAAGACUUUCCCGAGGAGAGGCUCCCUCAGGGCCUGCUUCCCUCCCAGGAACCAGACCCCCACCUUCCCGGCCCCCGCUUCCGUGUCCCUGCAGGCCUGCUGCGCCCCUUUGCGCCUUCAUUGCUGUUUGGAUUAAAGCCUCUGUUUUG